GCCCUUUGAGACAGGGUGGUACACUGAAAUCUGUCCGACUGGCUGCAGCCUGAGCUUCUCUCUGCGGUGACGUUCUGACUGAGGCACGAGAUGCAGUACUGCAGCACACGGGGAGAGGUUCACGGCUGGAGUUUCCGGGAUGUCCUCUUUUCAGGCUAUGCCCCAGAUGGGGGCAUGUUUAUGCCCGAAGAAAUUCCCAUUCUGCCCCCUGCCACUCUCCGAUCCUGGAGCUCUCUAUCCUACCAGCAGCUGGUGUGUGAAGUGUGUUCUCUGUUCAUCCCUGAGCAGCUCAUCCCCAGACAUGACUUGGAAGCCCUCAUUUCAAGUGCCCUCUCCAAGUUCACUGUGCCGGAUGCGGUGAGGAUGGUCAAACUGAAGGAUUCUGUGUCCAUCCUGGAACUGUUUCAUGGAGAGACGCUGGCAUUUAAAGAUCUGGCUAUGAUGUGCACCACACGCUUCCUGGAAUAUUUCCUGUCCAAGGAGAGCCGCCAUGCCACCAUCCUUGUGGGAACAUCUGGAGACACUGGAGGUUCAGCUAUCAGCAGUGCAUGUGGGCUGAAUGGGGUGGAUGUGGUUGUGGUCUUUCCCCGUGGCCGCAUCACUAUGGUGCAGGAGAAACAAAUGACCACUCAUAUGGAGGACAAUGUCCACGUGUUUGCAGCGGAUGGAAGUUCAGAUGAAAUCGAUGUGCCCCUGAGGAAGCUGUUUACAGAUUUGGACCUGGUGAAAAGCCAUGGACUGAUGAGCCUGAACUCGGUGAACUGGUCACGAAUUCUGGUACAGCUGGCCCACUUUAUCUAUGCAUAUUUACAACUGAGUGAUGUACAGAAGACAGAGGGAGACACUUUGCCAGAACUGGAGGUAGUGGUGCCCACAGGUGGAGCAGGCAAUAUAACAGCUGGAUGCAUUGUGAAACGCAUGGGGAUUCCUCUACGACUGGUUGCCGUGGUGAAUUCCAACGACAUACUGCACCGCGCCGUUCAGAACGGGGACUUCUCCAUGGCACAAAGUGUCAAGCAAACUUUGGCUCCAGCCAUUGAUAUUCAGGACCCUUAUAACAUGGAGCGUGUGUUCUGGCUUUUAUCGGGGGAAGAUGGAGCGUUAGUGAAGGACAUGAUGGAGCAGUUUCAGAAGACUCACAGGCUCACUCUUCCAGAGACACUCCACAAAGAGUUGUGUUCAGUAUUAUCUUCAGGCUCUGUUUCUGAUGAGGGUAUAAUGGAGGCCAUGGUGAGAUGCUGGAAGGAGAAUCAGUAUUUGGUGUGCCCUCAUACUGCCGUGGCUCUCUGCCAUCAUUACCGCUGCCCCAUUCCCCCAGGGGAAAAGAGGUGCUGCAUCGCAACAGCUUCUCCAGCAAAGUUCCUGAGUGCAGUUCAGAAAGCAGGCCUGUGCCUUGAUCUCCCAGAAGCGUUAAAAUCAUUGGAGACGAAGGAAACUCGCUGUAAAGAUCUGGAGCGAGGGGAGGACUGGGAGGCAGCUUUAAGAGAGUGCAUCAAGGCUAUAGGGUCUGCACGACAAAGAGGAGAACCAUUCUAUGCUUAGGCAAGACUUUAUGAAUGCUAAUGAACACUUCAGUAGUGGUGACAGAGUAGUAACAAGUCAGCCAUGAGUUCAGUGGCUCUGGUCUUUAUGCUUUAUGAACAGGAAGAGUAUUUUGUGAUUGGAGUUGAUUGACCCUAGCUUUGGAUAUUCUGUAAAAGAUUAAGCACUUUUGAGAGUCGUUCUGUAAAAGCCAUGCACUGUAAUGCAAAUGAGACCAAACAUCUUGAAACUGACAAUCAAACAUUUAAAAAAAUAUAUUAAAUCACAGAUAAAAUCUGACAAAUACCUCACGAACCAACAAAAUUGAUUGGCUCUUUUUGUUGAAAAAACAAUAAAAUUAAUCAGAAUAAUCACAGCAAUAUUCUUUGAUUAUUCACAGUUAAUCACACGUUUUAUUGUGCAAGUGAGUAAGUGAGUGAGGAAAACAGACAGAAGAUGUUUGUUAGUUAUGAGAUUUAAUCCAUAUUUCAGUUUAUGUAAAAAGUCAACUACCUUCUGAACUUAUGACCUAUAAUUACAUCGCUAGAUCAUUAGUCAUUAGGUUCUGUGAAUGAUGGGAGGAAGUUGAAGACAGAAUUUGUCAAAUAAUAAACAUUAACAUUGACAGCCCUGUUGUGAAUGGAUGCUAUCUUAAGCAAUACAAGAACUAAUUUUUACCAUCUAUGCAAUCUUUAAAGAUAACUAUUGUUUCAUAGUUUUGCCUUAUGUAAAAUUAUUUUAAUAAAGAUUUACUUAAUUAAA